AUGUGGAGAAAUUCGGGAAGGACAGAACAGUGGUGGCUUAACUUGUUCAAUGGAAUUUUGCCGGAAAGAGAGUGGAAGAAGAACUUGAGAAUGAACCGUACAGUUUUCACGUCUGUAGUAGACGAAUUGCGACCCUUUCUUCAACCUGGUAGGAGUCCAAGGGGACUUGAUGUGUUGUCUGUUGAAAAACAACUGGCCAUGACUCUGUACUUUUCGAAGGAUCAAGGCUCUCUUAUGAUGACAGCAAAUGCAUUUGGAGUUGCAAAUUGCACAGUCUCCUCGGUGGUUCGAAAAGUAUGCGACAUUAUCACUAACGUUUUAGGCACAAGAUACAUAAAAUUGCCCAAUACCAUUCAUAAAUUGAAUGAACUUGUUAAUGGCAUGGAAAAUUAA